UACUCUACGUCACUCCAACUGGACGUGUCGGGUGAGAUUCAUUCACCUCCCCCUGCCCGUUUCUCUCUUCGGUCAUUCGGUCACCUUUGCCCGUUUUAUUUUCUUCCAUUUUUAAACCCUUUCUUCUCCUCCUCCGUUCCACUUCUCUUUUCACAUCCUCCAUUCUUUCUCUCUCUUUAUUUUCUGUCAAUUUUUAUUGAUUUUGAUUUGAUUUUUCUCCGUUUUUCGUUUUAAUGGCGGGAAUGUGCUGUGGAAUUAAUGUUGGAGAAAAUGAACCGACUUCUCCGGUUGAACCUGCAGCGAGAACUGCCAGAAGGAGAAGGAUGGAGUUGAGACAAAUUAAUAUUAUUUCUGAUAUUUCUGAAACGAAUAAUAGGAUUAAGAAGAGGAAAGUUGAAGAUCAAGAGGUGAUUGAUGAUGAUGAUCGAACUCAAAUCUUACCGGUGCGUGAUUGUGAUAUUGUGAAUGAUAAUUUGUUGACAGUUAAUGAGAAAAUUAAUCAAGCGAUUGUUGAGGAUUUUCCUAAGUUUGGAGUUACAUCUGUGUGUGGUCGUAGGAGAGAUAUGGAAGAUGCUGUUUCUAUUUGUCCUUCGUUUUUCAAAAACGAUGAGCUCAAAAAUCAUGGUGGUUUUCAUUUUUACGGCGUUUUUGACGGCCAUGGAUGCUCUCAUGUAGCGAUGAAAUGUAAAGAAAGGAUGCACGCGAUAGUCAAGGAAGAGAUCGAGAGAAGAGGAGAAAAAGAAGAGUGGAGAGAAACCAUGUCUCAAAGCUUCACAACAAUGGAUAAAGAAGUAGGAGGGAGAGUUUCGAACAAUCUAGAAGCUUCUACUUCAUCCAGUUGUCGAUGUGAACUCCAAACUCCUCAGUGUGAUGCCGUUGGAUCUACCGCCGUUGUCGCCGUUGUCACUCCAGAAAAAAUCGUUGUUUCAAAUUGCGGUGAUUCUCGAGCGGUUCUUUGCCGUAGCGGCGUGGCCAUCCCUCUCUCCUCAGAUCACAAGCCAGAUAGACCGGAUGAGUUGAACCGGAUAGAAAAAGCAGGCGGUCGUGUAAUAUAUUGGGACGGUGCGAGAGUACUGGGAAUGUUAGCGAUGUCGAGAGCAAUUGGAGAUAAUUACUUGAAACCAUAUGUGAUACCCGACCCGGAAGUUACCGAAACGGAUCGGACACCCGAUGACGAGUGCUUAAUUUUAGCCAGUGACGGGUUAUGGGAUGUGGUAUCCAAUGAAACAGCUGUGACCGUGGCUAGGAUGUGUUUGAUUAACGCUGAGAAGUCACAAUCCCCGCCUCGAUCGCCUGAGAAAGAGGCGGCGAGGAAGGAUAGUUUCAAUAAGGCGUGUUUGGAUGCUUCGAUUUUGCUGACGAAGUUGGCUUUAGCGAGGCAAAGUGCUGAUAAUGUUAGUGUUAUUGUAGUUGAUCUUAGAAGGUAAUUUUUAAAAAUUAUGGAUUAAAAAUUGAGGCUAAGAGUAGAGUAAUGGUAUAGGAAAGAACGAAAUUAAUUUAAGUUGAUUUCCACGGUUAUGGUUGAUCCAAAUUGUAUAAAGCAAAUCGUGGGAUUUAAUUUGUACCAAGUUUUAUUUGAUUCUCAAAUUAUGCUAAUUAGUUUACGG